CCCAAACUGCUGAGAGAAGACGCGCCUCUAACAACCGUUUCUUCAACAUGGCCGACGACCUCUACAGCAGCACCUUCUCCUCUUCCUCCUCCUCUUCCUCGUCCUCUUCCUCGUCCUCUUCCUCGUCCUCCGCCUCCGUGUCCACCUCCUUCCUCGCGCUCGAGCAGCGGGCGGCCUUCAUCUUCGUCUUCAUCCUCUUCAUCUUCCUGGGCCUGCUGAUCGUGCGCUGCUUCCGGAUCCUGCUGGAUCCGUACCGCAGCAUGCCGUCCUCCACCUGGACGGACUACAUGGAGAAGGACGCCUUCAACUACCGGAUUUCCUGA